AUGAGUUUGCAAGGUGAUGAGAUUCGGCUGCUCUACGUGGGUGCGCAUUCAAACUUGUAUUUCCAGACUGUUUCAUUGAGCGAUCCAGCUCGGCCGCCUUUUGUCGCGCUUUCUUAUGCUUGGGGCGACCUUGGUGACACUCUGCCACUGGGCGUAUGCAAACAGGUUUUUCAAGCGACAAGAAAUCUUCACAAGAUUCUAGGUUGUCUUAUCGAAUCUCGAUUGAACCAGCCGCUUUGGAUAGAUGCUCUAUGUAUCAACCAGCAAGAUCAAGACGAGCGCGCCUCCCAAGUCGCGAUGAUGGGGGACAUUUACUCAGAUGCAGAGUAUGUCCUUGCCUUCCUAUCCCCGCAAUCAGAACCAUUCAAUAUUGGUUUAGACUACAUAGAGUCUACAGCUCGCGACACAAGGAUACAUUUCGACCCAUCUCUGUCUCCUCAUUUGACAGUUCAAGGUCUCAACGCGAGUGACGAGCGUCUUCGAGACUCUCUGGUUGCCUUCUUCGCGGCUCCAUGGUGGACCAGAGUCUGGACGGUCCAGGAAUUCUUAUUAGCGCGAAAGGUCAUAUUUCGAUGCGGCGAUCGGGUUAUUGACGCGGCAACUGUACAGGAGACUUGCAGAUCCUGGAUAGACCACGAGAACUCAUGUUGCUGGGCUGCGCGUCGACCGAUUGAUGGCACUGCGCAUGGUUUCCUCGACAUUCCCAGUGAGACCAGCGGUGGCUUAACAAUCUACACUGCGACUCUAAGGAUGAAACAUCUUAUGGAUAUGAUUAUCCCCAGGAAACUAUACACUGAAGACUUUCUAGCGGCCAUCUCACUCUUUCGAGUACGUCAUUGCUCAAAUCCGAGGGAUAGAGCAUUCGGGUACUUCGGACUACGUUCGCCAGGCCUGGAAGUCAAGCAUGAAAUACCUAUUGACUACAACGUGCCUAUAGCGAAUCUCUACAAGAACCUGGCAGUGGUGCUGAUCGAGAAAUCUCAGACAUUAGAUGUACUUAGUCACGUAUUACAUGAGUCGAACAUUGAGGGCCGAACAAGCGGCCUGCCGAAUUGGGUCCCAGAUUGGGAUGCUGCCAUCGAUGAUCGGUACCAUUUGACGUAUACUGAGCGCACAAAUAUGAUCCGGCAUUGUCGCGCCUCAGGAGACAUGAAACCAGAAUGGACUGUGCAAAAUUCAGGGUCUGUCAUAACUCUGGGGUUACAGAUUGCCGAGAUUCAAGAAACCGCACCUGGCUACCCUUCAAUCAUCCCUGGCUCAACAUCUCGUGGCAAAACGGUCAUUAAUGAAUGGCGGCGGCUGGCUGGUCUGUCUACUUAUGCGAUAUCAUCUCCCCUGGACAAACCGUCUAACAGCCAACGAGAGCGUGCGUUCGAGAACGCCCUCAGUGGAGGCUUUCCUUCCAUCAGGUGGCCGCAAGGCUCUCGUGAGUACGGAGAGGCAUAUGAGGCCUGGCUUGAAUGGUUUCUAUCCUCACAAGUUGCCUUGUCCAAGUCAUGUAAAGAGGUUAUCCAAGAGUUCGAUGAGUUGGUUCGGCAAACGAGUGAACGUCGAAGGUUUAUCGUCAGUAGUGAUGGACAGAUAGGCUUUGGCCCAGAGGAAGCCGGGAGAGGCGAUGUAGUUGUUAUUAUACCUGGAGGGAAGGUUCCGUACGUUUUGAGAAGGGUGGAAGCCUCUGAAUCCGGAGUGGAGAAGUACCGUUUGUUAGGAGAUGCAUUUAUUAACGGUGUAAUGGCGGGCGAGAAGAUCAGUACAUCAACGUCCGACUUUACCGGUAUAGUAAUCGUGUGA